AUGGCGUCUUUCAAAGUUGCGUACAGGAUUGCCCAGUGCAAGAAACCACAUACAAUAGCCGAGCAGCUCAUUCUUCCCGCUGCUCAGGACAUGGUGUCAGUUAUGCUGGAUGAGACAUGCGCCGGCAAACUGAAAGCUAUACCUCUGUCAAACGACACAGUUGCACGACGAAUACACAACAUUUCAGAUGAUCUUGAGGACCAACUCAUGGAAAAACUCAGAGACACAGGAUUUGCACUGCAAGUAGAUGAGGCUACUGUCAGCAAUCAAGAUUGUUUGUUCAUUUCAUAUGUUCGCUUUGUAUAUUCUGAGUCACUGAGAGAGGAUUUGCUGUUUUGCAAAUAUGUCCAAACUAGGGCGACGGCUGAUGAACUCUUUAAGAUUCUUGACAGCUAUCUCAUAGAACAUGAUCUGAAAUGGGAAAACUGUUUAGGCUUUUGCUCCGAUGGUGCUCAGACCAUAGCAGGAAGAAGGAAAGGACUGCAGGCACUUAUAAAGCGGGUCGCUCCACAAGCGCAAUGGACACACUGUGUUAUUCACAGGGAGGCGCUCGCGUCAAAGCAGCUCAGCCCCGAACUAAACAAGGUCUUGACGGACGUUGUGGCCAUGGUCGAUUUCAUCAAAGCCCGACCCUUGAAAGCGCGAAUGUUCUCCGCACUUUAUGAGGAGAUGGGAGCUGAUCAUACAGGUGUUUUAUUUCACAGCGAGGCAAGGUGGCUGUCCCGAGGCAAAGUGUUGUCGCGAGUUUUUGAGAUUAGAGCGGAGUUUGGGGCCUUUUUGGAAGAGGAACACAUGUAUGACGCUGCAGGCAAGUUCAGUGAUGAACAGAUUCUGAUGAAACUGGCCUAUCUUAGCAAUGUAUUUGAAAAGCUGAACGAAUUAAAUAUUCAACUUCAAGGCAGAGACAAGCAUCUACCUCACCUAGCAGACAAGAUCACUGCAUUCAUUCGAAAGCUCGAGGCAUGGGGCAGACACCUUGAUCAAAGAAGUACUGAUGCCUUUGAGAAUCUGAGUGAAAUUGCUGAAACCACACCUGCAGAUUUCAGCCCUGCAGAAGAGGACCAAUUCGUUGAGAUGACGAGCAACUCCACUCUUAGGCUGAGGUUUCCAGUUCAGACACUGAGUGAAUUCUGGCUUGGAGUGGAGAAAGAGUAUCCACUCAUUGGGUAG